UACUGACAAUUUUUUUAAUUACUAUUCAUGUUUUAUUUUUAUUUUUGGGUUAUCUAUUUGAGCGGGCGAUUUAUUUGAAUUAGUUUUAAUAUUUAUUUUUAUGAUGUUUAUUUUGAUAUAUUUUUUUGUAUGCAUGUGCCUAGAUUUAAGAUUUUUCAAACACAAUGUAAUAUUGUUAUUGAAUAAAAAUGAUGAUGAUGAUGAUGAUUCGACUGUUUUUUUUUGUAUGUAUGUUACUGGAUAUCUCCGAGAAUCGUGAACCGAUUUUCAAAUUUUUUUUUAAUCGAACGGGUAUAACCCCGAGAUGGUCCCGUUGGCACCAAGUCGGGGUCUAAUGAUGGGAUCUUGGAGAAAUCGAGGGAACUCUUCAAAUGUUAUAGGUACAUGUAUGGCGCUUUUGGUAAUUUUUAUUUGAAGACGGUUUUUUUUUUGUUAAAAAGUUUUAUUAAAAUAACCCACUUUAGGAAGAAGUACACUGGUUUCUAUUGAAGGUACACUAGAGGUACAGUAUAACCACAUACAUUAUGUGUGAAAUAAAGCAAAUCCUGACGUCAGAAUGGCAGGUGGACCUUUUUUGGUUAAAUAUCUCGUUUUAGGGAGAGGUACACUGGUUACUGUUAAAGGUACGCUGAGGUACACAGAAGGUACUAUAUGUUUAUUAAUAUUUCGUUAAAAUUCGCUCAGAUCCACCCGCCAUCCUGACUCUCACGGAACGCGGAAUGAAUGGAAGUAAAUAAAAUCACUAAUGGAAGUAAAUAAUGAUUUUAAUGAUUAUUUUCAAGACGUUUUCGUGGCGAGCAGUAGUGUUGGAAGCCAAGACACACUUUGGGUCGCUGCGCCAGAGGAGUAAGUAAGUAAGUAAGUAUUUUCAAGACGUAUGUAAUAAACAGCUGUAGUACAUCAAUUUCCAUAAGAAAACAAUAGCUAAUAUCACUUCUAUCUAUGUGUACUAAAUGGCGCCGCUACAGAGUAUGCUCCCCAGCGGCGCCACUUAAAAUGCGCAUUAUUUCGCUUCCUAGUACAGGUACAGCCAUAAACAUUAUAGGUACAUGACGUACGUUUUAGGUACAUCAUUUCAUCAUAUAUUUCAAUAAUUUUCUUUGUGGUGGCGCCGCUGCAGAGUAGCACACAGUAAAGUGGAUGUGAUUUGAAUGUAUUAUUGUAGUCACCACGAUAAUGUUCGCAUCGCUUACGACCAGUCAGGUUCACGCAGCCGAGUGAGCGACACCGUUUAAAGAAACGAGUACCUAAACUAAAUUACUAGUAGUAGCAGAUAGUUUGGUAAUAAUAAUAAACUAAAUUAGUAGUAGUAGUAGAUAGUCUGGUAAUACGUGAGGGAGCAGGAUGAUGAAGUUAAUGCUGGUGCUGUGUGCUGCAGCGUCGGGUGCGCUGGCCAACCACCUCCAUCACCCAGCAAAGCCUGAGUGUGUGACCGACCCAUCGGCCCCCAGCCCCGUGACCGUGACGCCGGCGGGAGCGGUUCGCGGCUCGUGGAUGGCCUCGCGGCUCGGGCGCCGCUUCCAGGCUUACCGCGGCAUUCGCUACGCGCACCCGCCUGUCGGGGAGCUACGAUUCCAGCCACCGGUAGAUAUGGAAGAAUACUCUUCUGAAGUAGACGCGAGUGAGGAAGGCCCGGGAUGCCCGCAGCCAGCGCGCCCCGGCAAGUACCCCAUGGACGAGGACUGUCUGCGCAUCAACAUCUACACUCCGGAUAACAACAGUUCACGCAAGUUGCCAGUGGUAGUGUUCAUCCAUCCGGGUGGCUUCUACUCGUUCGCGGGCCGCUCCGAUCUCUUCGGCCCGCACUAUCUACUAGAUCGCGACCUGGUGCUUGUCACUCUCAACUAUCGCCUUGCGUCUCUCGGUUUCUUGGCUACUGGCGACGCAGUAGCGCCCGGUAACAACGGCUACAAGGACCAGGUGUCGGCGCUGCGCUGGGUACAGCGCAAUAUAGCUGCGUUCGGCGGUGAUCCGGGGAAAGUGACCAUCUCUGGGUGCAGUGCUGGAUCCAGGAGCGUCAUACUGCAUAUAAUAUCACCGAUGUCUAAAGGCUUAUUUCAUCGUGGAAUCGCAAUGUCAGGCUCCCCCGUAGGGAAAGUUGCUGUGCUGCCGCACCAGUUCGACCUAGCGCAGAAGCAAGCUAUCCUACUUAACUGCCCCACCAACUCCUCGCGCGCCAUCGUCGACUGCCUGAAGACGAAGACCUGGCAGGAGAUUGGUAAUUCUCUGACCGGCUUCUGGACUGGUGAUUCAGAUGCUGUUAGUUUUUGGACCGCCGUCGUGGAGCCUGACGUAGGGCAACCGCGUUUCCUUGCAGAGCAACCUGAUGAGGCUGUGCGCCAGGGACACAUGCACGCCGUGCCACUGCUUAUUAGCCAAACCGAGGAUGAGUUCUUUUGGAAAGCAUUUGCUGUAACCAAGAAUAAAACACGACGUGACCGUAUGAACACUGAAUGGGAGAAGAUCGCACCAGUAUCGUUCGCGCUGCCGGAACGAAACUCUUCAGCGGCCAGUCGCCGUCUCAGACAGGCGUAUCUCGGCGACAAACACAUAGAAGACACGCCGGAAAGCAGCAGUGCUCUUGGGAAGUUGUAUGGAGACAGCUGGAUUGGACUAAAUGUGCAUAGAAUGGCAAACCUGAUGUGCCGCCACUCUCCCCAACCCGUUUGGUAUAGCGUCUUCAGUUACAUCGGCAACAACAGCUUUUAUCAAGAUCCGACCACCCAUAAACCUAGGGGCGCGGCGCAUCACGACGACACGAUCUACGUGUUCUCGCAGAGCUACCUGCGCCCGCCGAUAAAGGCGCGCUCGCCGCCGCCGCCCGCGCCGCAGGACCAUCUCAUGGUGGAGCGCAUGACCGCCAUCUGGUACACCUUCGCUAAAUAUGGCGACCCGAACCCUCGUAAAGGCGAGUUGCCGGAGCUGUCCUCGCUGCACUGGCCCGCCAUGAAGCCCGAGGACAGGAAGUACCUGAAGGUGGACCGGCAGUUCUCCGUGCACGAGAAGCUGCACGAGAACCAGCUGCAAGUCUGGGACGAGCUGUAUCCCAUACAGUAUUAAACAUCAUCUCAUGCUAAUUCUGUUUUAUUAUAUUAAAUUAAUGUGAUAAUAAAA